AUUUUCACUAAGGAAAAAUGCAAAAAAAAAUAAAAAAUAAAAAGAAAAUCCUAGUUUUCUGAAUACGCCUGAUUUCCGAGACACCCUGUACACCCACCCGAAUUGACGAGCAUCCCCUUUGCUCGGGGAUGCUCUCCCGUAAAUGCGAAUGCGCGCGCACACGUAUCACUGAUAAGAGACGGCUUCCUUUGAUUUUCCGGCGUAGGACCGGCGUGCCGGCCUCGAGGCUCUCUUUCGCGCCUGCCGCACCCUGUGUUGUGUUGGCGUCGCGACGCAUCGCGACACGACGCGCUCGUUCCGCGUGGCGGAACGAAGAUGCACCGCCGACAGGUGCACGAGCUUGCAGUUUCAGACGAAUUAUGAUACACGUGUCGUCUGAAAGCGCGCACAGAUAUGAUCGGAUGAAGCGUAAAGGCGCAGCUUUCCUCACGAAUCUUUUCAAAUCGAGAAAGCUGACAGUAGGAAUGAAGAUUAACGAGGACGAAGAGAUGGAACGCGCGCCUAGGGUGGAAACUCCUGCAAUUAUUACCACCGCUUGUCGCCGGAGCGGCUCGGAGAACGAUAACACAAUGUCGCGAAUUCCGUCGACCUUGAGCGUGACAGCGGUGGACGUUGUCGUCUCCUGUCAGCCGUCACCCUCGCACUCAAUUCUGACCCUGACACCCGGUAGAACACGUAACAUCGAUCAGGAUAUGGAGGCGCUCAGACUGAGCCGUCAGGACAAUCCUUUCUUACAGGUACUAGCAAGUCGAGAGAGCCUCGUGGAAUCGAUCGAGGAGUCCGAGUCUGACGAUGCGAUUUUGAUGUCGCAGGAAUUAGGAGACGCGGAUCCUCUUACGCUCGCACAGGUACACGAGCACCUGGUUCGCAGUCCACCUCCGGCUUCGUGGCCUAAUUCCACAGCCUCAUUUCCCAAUCAGGAUCAGAAUACUACCCCAUUCAAGAACGACGCGGUACCACAAGCUAAAAGUCCCUUGAAAACGCCCUCACAUCGUAAUAACGAGCAUGAGCUCUCCAGGAGCGAACCGUUGACUGACAUCAGAGAUCGGCAUUCGCAUCCUUUCUCGUUACUACAUCCGACGCCGAUUCGUUCCUUGUCGGAAGUUCGACGACUCCAUCGAUCGGCCGAUGAUAGCGUGCAACUAAUGUCGAACGAAUAAAUUUCGCCAUUGGAUCUCGAUUCGAGUGGUUUCUCGCCCAGAGAGGAUAUCCAGAAGGAUAUCGAUUCUCAGCCUUGCUGACUGUUCUUCGCGAACUGCAGCGACUGCAAUGUUGACGGGUUGGAAGGAAAUUUCGUAUGUGGAAACGAAAUUUUUGAUUGAUUCUGGACAGGUUUGUGCUAAUUAAGAGGCUCACUGAACGAAGAAUCAAGUCAAGAUCUCUAUUUGAUCAGAUUGAGGCUAUGAUACGUUUGAGAUUGAUAUGACAGGAUCACAAAGCGAUUAAUAACAUUUUGGAGCAUGAUUUUUAAUCGCACUUAAAAUUUGUGAAAUUUGGAAAUUCAAUAGUUUCUUGAAUUUGUUUUUCAACUGUAAAAUUACUUCUCGCGGAAUGCUUAUGCGGAAUAUAUAAUUUCAAUUGAUUUAAAUAUUGUUGAUUAAUCUGAUUGUAUAUGUGUCUCGAAAUUUGUGUAUGUGUGUGGGCGUUAACAAUCUUUCAAUAAGUAAUUUGCAAUUACAAUCAUAUAUUUUAUCAAUAUAUAGGCCUAUUUUUUAUAUAAUCAUUUUAUAAACAAUCAAAAUACAUAACAUCGAUACACGUUUUCACUAUUUUUUUUAUUUAAUAGUUAAAUAAUACGUUUUUUAUUUAACUUAUUCAUUCACGGAUAAUGUAUGAGUAAUUAAUGUUAAUAAUUAAAUGCGCGCAGAUAUUCAGAAAAUAUUCACUCUUUAGCUUUUUAAAGGUACGUCAAACUGACGAGUCUAAGGAUCCAAAAAUGUUGUGGAACGGAUCUUAUACAUGCUAUAGCUUGCAAAAGAUUUUAAGAAUUGCACUAUUACAUAAUUAAUACUGAAAUUAACGAAAAAUAUUAUCUCUGCUAAAUCGUCAGCUGGGAGAGUUAGAUGAAUAUUUAAUAUAUUGGGUUUUCAAGUUUUAAAUUUACGUAAUUCGGCAUUUUCGUAAUUAUAUAUCUUUAGACUUUGUCUCAAAGAGCAAUAUAUCGUUAUGUAAUAAUCGUUAAAGCACGCGAUGCAUAAUUAUUAAAUUAUUACCUAUUACAUGAUAGUAUCGAAAUCUAUUGUUAAUAUGAUAGUUAUUGUUGACGCACAUGUCUGUAAUUAUUCGUGCAAUUUAAAUGUCUAUUUUGUGUAGCUGUUUUACUUGAAUCUUUUCUCUAUAUCACUGAAUAUAUUAAUUAAUGGUUCUUAUUGAUUGUUAAGCUAGUCAAAAAUAUUUUUCUCAAUCAAUUAUUAUAUCUAGAAGUUUUUUUUUUUUAUCAUAUUAUAUUGCGAGAAAAUGAUAAAUACAGAAUGCACAAACAUUUUUCCGCUAUUAAAACUCACUUUUAAAUACGACUUAAAAAUAAUAAUUGCACAUGAAAAUAACCAACCAAAAAAUAAUUGUAGUGCUGACGAUGCGCCAAAUGUACAGGCCUCAAUUAAACAAUUCCUCAAAUUAGACGAAUAGACGAAUAGUAGUAAGAUCUUUUUUAUGAGACAAAGCAGUGGAUGGAUUUAUCGCGAUAACGAUUUACUUCCGAUAUUGAAAGUAACAUUUCUUUUAACGAUAAAAACCGUCGUCAAUGAAUUCUCAACGAAUCAGAAAUAUUCUUAUUUAUUCUUCUUUUUCUAGAAUGAUGUUUUUUGUAAACAAUGUAAAUAGAAUCUGACGUGUUCUCUCUAACUAGAAAAAAAUUAUUACAAAGUUAUAUAUAAAAUAGUUGACAUUUUUUUUCUAUGAAAAUUAAAUAAAAUUAUAUUAAAUUGCUGCACUUGAAAUGUUAAUUAGCUUUGCCAACAUGCUUCUCUUAAAUAUUAAAUCAAUUGGCAUAACAAUAUCUAUAUUUUUAUAUUGAAU